CCACUACUGCCUCCGUGUCGUGCUGGUAGCCGGUUGUCCGCCAGGCGGCGCUGUCCCCGCACACUCUGCUGCCGGAGCAGGUGCGCCGAGGUGAGGCAGCGCGGAGGGUUUCGGCUGUUUCCGUCGCGGCUCGGCAGUGAACCGCUGUGGAUGUGGGAAUGCGGUUGCCGGAGGCAGCGGGCAUUGCUGGACACUCGGCGGAGAUGUGCGUACGGAAACCGGAGCCCUCAGCGGUUGGCGGUCGUCCAAGUUAACGGGCUGUUUUUGGGGGAUGUGGGCGGCAGCGCCGGGCGGCUGCGUGUCGGUCGCUGUGGGGUUUAUUUUCUCCCCUAUUUUUUCCGGGGGAUUUUCUAUCGGAAUGAGAGGCAAGCCAAAAAGGAUUCCCCAGCACUAUGGAGCCACGCACUGCAGGCAGCUGUGAAAGGUGACGGUAAAUGAAAAGCAUCUGAGCCUCAACUGUAAACGUUUACCUGGUGCUGCUGCACAUUGGAGUUACAAUACGUAACAGCAUCAAGAUCUACAAAUGUUCCACAAUUGUGGAGUUUGUGAAGCCAACAGCAGCAUCAUGUUCUACGGUUCUUCCUCGGGGGCCAGUAUGUCCCUCCCGUCCAAGAGCCGCCUGAAACGCCAGAGCAGGACCUUCACACAGGUCCUGUACCGGACUUUGAGUUACAGGGACCGCGUCCCAGUGGAAACUGGAACAAACACUCGUGGGGACCGGCGCUCGACGACUGAACCCCCAGAGCGACCGGCGGACGACCCCGCUGAACUCUCCACGCAGAGCUCGGCCCCCGGGGUGCUGAAGAUCUUCGGAGACGAGAUCUGUGCGGGUGCCAACUACAAGAGCGUCCUGGCCACGCCGCGCUCCAGCGCCCAGGAGCUGGUCAAAGAGGCACUCGAUCGUUACUCUCUCAACAAGAACGCCGCCCACUCUUACGUCCUGUGCGAUGUGAUCGGGCGCUUGGAGGGGGGAGGCGGGAUAGGAGGGGGGGGGUGGCGGACUGAAUGCCUGCGUGCGCUCGGGGACAACGAGAAGCCGCUGUUGCUCCAGGAGCUGUGGAAACCCCGAGAAGGACACGCUCGCAGGUUCGAGCUGCGCAGGAGAGCAGAGGUGGAAGAAUUCAACGCCAAGGAGAAGGACACCAUCACUGCUGGGCCCAAAACCUCCCAAUUCCUGGCGGCUCUAAUGGGUCGGUCUGGGCUGGGCAAACACAGGAGCUCCCCCCUGCGGUGCGGUCGAGCGGUACAGUCCAGCUCUAAAGAUAUUAAUGCUCAGGCUCGUAAGCUCCAGAGGAACAGGGCAAAGGGGACGCUCACCCUGCCCCGGUCCAGCAACUCGUCCUUCUGCCGCAGCCUCAGUGAGACCAGCCUCAACCAGCUGGGAGUGGGAGAUGAGCCCAAGCGUUAUUACUCCACCCUGCCAGGGCCUUUAAGGGGUCGUGAGGCGGUCUCUAGUGGACGGAGGAAAGAGGAGGGGAGUCAGGGAGGAGGAGGGGUGAGGCACUCGCUUUACCAGUCCCCUCACCUCCUGCUGCUGCAGGGGUAUAACCGGCAGGACUGUUUGGUGUACCUGCUGAACAGAGAGCAGCACACAGUGGGGCAGGAGACGCCAUCAGCUCGCCCCAACAUCUGCCUCUUCUCUCCCGACAUCCUGCCCCUGCACUGCCGCCUGCGCCGAGUCCCCGCACCCCGUCGCCACGCCAACAACAACAACAAGGGAGAGGAGGCGGACAGUCAGCGGUUCUGUGUUGCCGUCGAGCCGGUGCUCCACGCCACAGUCCUGGUGAACUUUUCCCGCUGCGAGCGCUCCACCACGCUGCGACACGGUGACCUCCUCUCCUUUGGAGCGCAUUACAUCUUCCUGUACAAGGACCCCACGGGCGCUAAGCCUUUGCCCGCUCAGACUUUGGCACGCCUUCGAUCCCUGGGGCAGCUUUACGAUGUCGGAGUGGAGGAGGGAGAGGGCGGCACUCAGACUUGUAAGAUGUGUGGUUCUGUGCUGAAGGACAGAGCAGCGCAGGUGUCAAGUGUUCCCGCAGUCAGACGCAGCUUCAAACCUCACCUGGUGAAACCUCGCAGCGGGGGGACGGCAGCAGGAGGGCCGCUUGGUUUGUCAGGAGGGGAAGGAGGAGGAGGAGGAGGAGGAAGAGGAAGAGGAGGAGGAGGAGGAGGAGGAGGAGGAGGUGGUGGAGGAGGUGGUGGAGGAGGAGGUGGAGGAGGAGGAGGAGGUCAGAAAAGGAGGCUGCAGCUGGACUUUGACCAGGCUCAUGAAGACCAGCUGUUGAACAGGAUUGUGUCUCUAAUAGAACCUGGAGGAGAUGACCACAAGCUGACGCCUGCCUACCUGCUGUGUCUGUGCAUACAACACUCUGCCUCAACAUUUCCACCGGGGAGCUUUGGAAAACUGCUACUCAAGAUUGUUCGACGAAUCCAGUCUAUUGCAUGGGAGAAGACAAAGGAGCUGGCUCAGAAGCAAGCUCAGCAUGGCCAGGACCCGGCCUCCCUGUCUCUACUCAGCAUCUCAGACCUGAUCCCAGACCUGCAGACCAUCUUCUUCUGGAUGUCCAACUCCAUCGAGAUCCUCUACUUCAUACAGCAAAGAGCGCCAGCGUACACACACAGCAUAGAGACUCUGCAAGGGUCAAAGGAGUCGUUGCUAUCGGCGACCAUAUCAGCCAAUGAGGAGGCGAUGACUAUCUUGGAAGAAGUGAUCAUGUACACUUUCCAACAAUGUGUCUACUAUAUCACCAAGGCUCUUUAUGUAGUGUUACCAGGUUUGUUGGACUGUAAUCCAUUCCCAGUCGACAGCUCUGAGCCGUGCUGGAAAGGAGGUGUAGGGUUUCCUGAACCUGUGCGGAGGGUCCUGCAGGUGUUUCAGAAUGGCCAGGAGCUUUUGCAGGGCUACCAGGUUCACCCGGAGAUCCAGGCUCAGAUGUUCGCUUAUCUCUUCUUCUUCUCCAACGUGUCGCUGUUUAACCAGCUAAUGGACAAAGGUCCGUCUCGGGGCUGGUUCCAGCGCUCCAAGGUGUUGCAGAUUCAGGCGUGUUUGCGGAUGGUCAUGGAGUGGGCGAGCAGGUCCGGUCUUGGACAUCUGGCUGACAAAUUCUUCACCAAACUCAACAGCACUGUGUCCGUACUGGCCACGCCCCCACAACAGCUCACACAGUUGAGUUGGCGAGCUUUGUCCAGUGAGCACCCGGCUCUGAAACCUGUCCAGCUGCACAGGAUUCUCACUCAGUACCAGCUCACAGCAGAGAUAGGCCCCGUCCCCACAUGGCAACCCAGCAGCGAGGACGAAGCAUAUAUAUACAGAACAGUGGACCUCCUGGAGAGCUUUGAGAACCACCCUCCCAUAGUGCUACCCAGUGCCGGCUUCAGAGUGGACCUGGACAGCGAGUGUGUGGAGGACAGCAUCUACCGACAGCUGCUCUACAUCCGCCACUACCUGUGGGGGCUGCGCACCAAGACGCAAACACACACCAACACUCCCAGCGUGCACACACACUCCAAUGGCACCAACACAGCUGACUGGCCCGACGUUCAGAGGGAGUUGUUGCCUCCGGCCCACAGCAGUCCCCGCUCCGGAGGUCCUGUUGACGAGGCAACGGCAGAGACUGGAGAGGAGAGAGGACGGGACAGACCCCCAGGCCAGUCACACACACACAGCCUCAGGAGGAACGGCACCAACCACCACACUCGGACUGCAAAUCCAGACCCGUCCUGCCUGCUGACCCCUCCCCACACCCCGCUGUACCCGGAAGGAGGAGGAGGGCCGACCAAAGGUCAAAACCCCCAGACUAACGGCUGCACCAGCAGAACUGUGACAGAGUGUAAAAAGGCCAACGGACUCAUCACUAAUGGACUGGAAGGGUGUAUUAGUGGGUGUGAGUUUCCUUUCCCUGUAUCCUCCCCUGGCGCCCCUCCCCUUCCUGAUGACUUGUGUGUGGUGUUUGUAGUGGAACUGGACAAGGGACCCUACGGACUGGGCAUGGGACUCAUAGACGGCCUGCACACUCCUCUCAACGCUCCAGGCAUUUACAUCCGGACUCUGAUCCCUGACGGACCUGCUGCCUCCGAUGGCAGACUGAGGAUUGGAGAUCGUAUCCUGGCUGUGAACGGGACCAGUCUGAUUGGAGCAGACUACCAGAGUGCGGUGGAUCUGAUUCGUCUUGGAGGAGGUCGCCUACGUUUCCUAGUGGCCAAGUCCGAUCCCGACGUCUCAGAGAAGAUCAGUGCCUCCUCUUGCUGACCAUCUCAGAGCAAGACACACACAACACGACGAGACAAGACUACAGAGAUAGACCAGCAUGACAACGACAGAUACAGAUGUGUGCACUGACAAACAGCGUACACGCGAACACACAACCUUGCGUACAUACGCGGCAUGAAAUACGAAUGUGAAACCUAGCAACAGCACAAAGCCAAGUAAUCAAAGUGGAGAUAACGCUCCAUGACUCCACUCCACAGCUGCCAGACCUGCUUCCCUCACGCUGACUCCUACUGGGUUUGUGUGACAGACAGAAUCCCUAACCCACCGCGACAUCAAAGGAAUAUGCUGCGAGGAAAAGUUGCCUAAUUAAUCAGCGUUUGAGGGAAGCAAGAUCUAACCAGCCAGAAUGCAGUCUGAUGUGGUUUAAAGCACAGUAGAUUGUAGGGUUUUAAUCUCUCUUCAGUCGGCGCCCGGAGCAUGUGCGCUCAGUGGACUUUUUCCACCUGUAUUUUAGAAUAAUUUGUAUUAGUAAUUCAGACAUUAAGUAGCAUGGUAAAAUAGCUACCCAGCUCUCAGACAAAGGGACUCUGAAACUGAAAAUGUACCUGUACGAUUCUAAAAGCAUUUGCAGACAAAUAAGAAGAAUCCUGGAUGUUUUACACAGUGCUUUAAAAGUGGAAUGUUUUAUAAUCCUGUUUGUUAGCAACUCCCAAAGUACUAUCACCAUCUGCUCAACAUUAAAGAUUGUCUAUGAAUGUUGACUUUUGUACUGGAGACUGGGUGAAAAAAAGAAGAGGAAGCAAACUCGAGACAGACAGCCCAGCUCCCCCAUUCAACCUCCUCAUUGGACUUUAUACCUCCACUGGAAGAGCUGUCGAGGCUCGACGUGCACAGCGGAUGUGCAGCUGUUGUGAGACAUUGUUUAUUCAUUUCUGGAUCAUCAAGACAACAUGCUUCACUCCAGAGUUUCUGGUGCACAAUCCUGGUGUGUAUAAACCACACUUUUGUUGUGAAUAUAUGCUGUAUGUAUCUGGUUAUGAGGUGUAAAUAGUUGUUUGUAUAUAUAUUUAACACCUGGUCACAUAUUGUUUGGACAUUUAAAAGAGAAACUGCAUUUUGGGAACUACUCAAUCAUUUUUUUUCUGAAAUAUGUUGGUCACUUAAAACUAAAACCUACUGAUGGAAAAAGAGAAACUUUUUGUUUUGUUUGGAAUGGCAGAAAUAUAGGUAUGGAUUGUGAUUUUUUAUUUUAUGUCAUUAAGUUAAAGUGCUAUGAACAGGAAUACAAUCUGUUAACUAUAGAGUACUGCUCACACAGGAUGUUAGCUGCACUUCUGCUUAAAGGGGUUUAUAUUUUACUUCUAGUGUUAUCUCAACACGCAGAUGGCUUUUCUUAGGUUUUGAGAUACUCGUCUCUGAGUUGUCCGUCUCCUGGUUGCUCACAGCAAUGACAAAUAUCAUUCAACAGCCUCGUUUUUGCAAACAUAGUGUCUUAGUUUUUCUCGAUAAUUUACCGAUCCCCAUAAUGGUUUUAUGAGGACUUGUUCUUUGAUAGAAAAUAGUCCCAAUGAAAAUGCAUUGCACCCUUUAACCUGAAGUGUUUGAGGUUAUGUGUUUAUGAAUGUAGUGUUUCUGGAUGAAGAUGCUUAAAUAACUUCAACACUGCGAGCAUGAAACAGGCUUCCAUUCACCUCCAUCGUAUUGGGAUAGAGGCAGAAAUCUCAGAGGCAUAACUAAAAAUCUAGUCAAGCAAAACCAAAACUAUCUGCAUGACCAGAUAUCAGCCAAAUCACAUGAAAAUGUGUUCUGUCUGACUCAUUAAAAGAGGCCCUAGAACAAUAGCAGGUCACUUUUAUAAAGUUAACUCAAAGCUUAGGUCACUACAAGAAAACAUGCUUAGUCAGUUCUUUGUUGCCUGGCCUUCAGUUGUGACCUCAGCUCUGUGGCGCUCCCCUGAGACGCCCUGGAUCCCCAUAUCAGGAGUAGUGACCCUCUGCCAGCCUGUGACCCGGCCCUCUGUCUGCAGCAGGAGCCCGGGCCAGACUGCUAGUGACUGCAGGGCAACUGCUGUUCAGGUUUACUAGGGCUGCAACAAAUAUGUCAAUUAUACUUCCAACGAAUCAUUGAGUAUGUAAAAUAUCCAGCAGAAAGGUCCAAAAACAAAGAGAAGUUGAACUAGGCAAUAUUUCAAAUGAAAUGAGAACGUCGUUCCUUUUUUUCCAUCAGCUUUGUUUUACUCUCCACUUUUGAUUCUGUUCAUUUCUCUGCAGUAACAUUUUAUUUUUGUGCGUUUUAAAGUUUGUAUGACAUUGACCAAUGCAUGUGAAUUCUACUAUGUUCAUUAUUUAUACUGUUAAAAAAUGAUGGUACUUAAGAAUAAAGAUUGUUGAAUACUU